GAGUAUGAUUGGAAGCCAGUGGCUUCCCCAAGAUGUAUUGGAACAUCGUUUGGUAGAACCACUUCAUGAGUCUCAAUAUGCUGCAUUUAAAUUGGCUUUUGAUCGCUUAGUUAGCCACCCAUAUUCCUAUAGAGUUCGUGAUUUCAUUGAAGAAUACCGUAAACCAUUGGUUAAUCAAGUUGCUCUUCAACAAAUUCCUGAGCCUCAGUACGAUGAGAAUGGAAGGCCAUAUGUUACUACUACA